AUGUCUAUCGACCUGAAUUGGGAGACAUUGACUACCGGGCCAGAUGGGAUUGCCCUCGCAGAAAGGAUCCGAGAAUUUGUACAUACUAAGUUCCAGACCGUGACUUUGCCCCGCUUCAUCAAGGGUGUUAAAGUACACACAUUUGAAUUUGGCUCAAUUGCUCCAGAGGUCGAACUAAAAGAUAUUUGCGAUCCAUUACCUGAUUUCUACGAAGAUAUCGAUGACGACUAUGUAGAAGAUGACGAAGACGAAGAGAACUCUGGGAACUCUCAAACUGAUGGGGAGAAUGAAGUCGCCAAGACUUUGCGAGAAAGAAGGAGGAUGGACCGCGUAGAGAGGACGGCAAAUGGUUCAUCACAUACUUCGACCCCUCCUGCAUAUAUUGACACACGAUAUCCUGGACUGCGAUCAAUGCAAGCUUCUGGUGACACCGGAAGUCCCUUUUUAGGUGUUAGCACACCUGGUAUUCCAGGUGGAACAUCAAAUUUGAGUUAUUUCCAUUCUCAAUUAGCCAGUGGAUUAUCUGGUACUCAAACCCCACUAGCCGCGGUUGCCGGUGCACAUCUACCUCAAGGAUGGCCGGACCGACCUAGCCCAUCUCUACACCUAUCUGCGCUCCGUAAUCAAUCUCAUACGCCUUUAUCUCAUACGGCGAGUGAAAGGUCCAUGACUCCUCCGCAAAUUGCGGAUCUGAAUCAGCAAUCGCUACGCGAGAAGGCCAGUGUAUCCACUCUCGCUGCUUCGUCUUCAACAACUAGACCAGCAACUCAAGACGGCGUCCCCGAAGAAACGAUACCAGAGGAACACGUUGACGACAACGAAGAGCCAACUUCACCACCACGAAGAUUUCGAGAGCCCAAGGUGGAAGAUCUUCAGACUGUAUUCCGAGUCCGAUACUCUGGAAAUAUCCGACUUUCACUCACGGUAGAUAUCUUGCUUGACUACCCUAUGCCAAGCUUCGUGGGCAUUCCCGUGAAAUUGAACAUCACGGGGCUAUCGUUUGACGGGGUUGCUGUUCUAGCAUACAUCCGCAAGAGAGCUCAUUUCUGUUUCCUUUCGCCUGAAGAUGCAUAUGCUGCUAUUGGUGCAGAUGAGAAAGACGCAGAUGCUUCGGCUGGCAUGAAAAUGGGAGCUCUUUUGCACGAGAUCAAGGUUGAGAGCGAAAUUGGGCAAAGGGAGAAUGGCAAGCAAGUACUCAAGAAUGUGGGCAAGGUAGAAAAGUUUGUUCUUGAGCAAGUCAGACGCAUCUUCGAGGAUGAAUUUGUGUACCCUAGUUUCUGGACAUUUCUGGUAUAA